CCUCUCGUCAAACUCAGGAGGAAGUUACUUCCGGGUUCCUAAACUAAGCAAAUAGACCUUGCUAGCUCUCAAGUUUCGCGAAAUGAGUCGAUUUCAAAGUUGUGUGCAUAGAAAUUAUUAUUGAAUAAGAACGGAAUGCUGAGAGCUAUCAUAUGGCUGCAAUAGGGUAAAAGCACCUCGCGACCUAACAAAUUACUUUGACCGUGCAACUGGAAACUACCUAGCUAGCUAACGUUAGUUGGCAAGCAUAACAAUAGCGGUGUCAACUUUUUCAUAGCUAGCUAGUCCUUUUUUUCACAUCAACAAGAUGCAUAGGAGAGGAGUAGGUGCGGGAGCUAUCGCCAAAAAGAAGCUUGCAGAGGCCAAGUAUAAAGAGAGGGGGACAGUGUUAGCUGAGGAUCAAAUUGUUCAGAUGUCAAAACAGCUGGAGACCUUCAAAUCUAACCUUGAGGAAUUUGCCAGCAAGCACAAACAAGAGAUUCGUAAGAGUUCCCAGUUCCGGGUCCAGUUUCAGGAGAUGUGUGCCACCAUUGGAGUUGACCCACUUGCCUCUGGCAAAGGCUUUUGGUCUGAGAUGCUUGGCGUGGGUGACUUCUAUUACGAGCUGGGUGUGCAGAUCAUUGAAGUAUGCCUGGCACUGAAACACAGAAAUGGAGGACUUAUUACCCUGGACGAACUGCAUCACAGAGUGUUGAAGGGAAGGGGGAAAUUUGCUCAGGAUGUGAGCCAAGAUGACUUGGUGCGGGCCAUAAAGAAGCUGAAAGUCAUGGGGAACGGCUUUGGGAUGAUUCCUGUUGGAGGCUCUUACCUCGUGCAGUCAGUGCCAGCAGAGCUCAACAUGGACCACACUGUGGUACUUCAGCUGGCUGAGAAGAAGGGCUACGUUUCAGUGAGUGAGAUCAGAGAGAGUCUUAAGUGGGAGCGAGAGCGAGCCUGUCAUGUGCUGGAUCACCUAUUGAAAGAGGGCUUGGCGUGGUUGGAUUCCCAAGCUUCUGGAGAGCCACAGUAUUGGCUGCCAGCCCUCUUUUCUGAGCUGACUUCCCGUGAUGUCACACCUGAGGAGGCCAAUCAGAUAACGCCUUAAGAAAGAUAGGAUUUUUGGUACGUGGGAUGUCUCGGUAACUUCUUGAAGAACAAUGUGUGCCUGUUGGGAAAGUCCUGAAUUGAAAUGGGGUGUAUUUAACUUUUAAAGGGUAGGUACCAAUUAUGUAUAUAAAUCAUUGGUAGGUACACAUGAUGUUGCUUCCCUUCAGCAAUUGUGGAGAUGAAAACUAGGUUACAAAUGUUGUUUUCUGUGGCAGUUGUCAAUCAUGGAUUUGUUUUUUGUUUUUUUAAAUGUCAUUAUAUUCAAUUUUCUUCUAUUAAAACAUUUUAGGAUUUCUUGGCA